AUGAAGCGCUAUUACUGGUGCCCAACUUGCCAAAACACCACACAAGAGACCUGCGAUUCAUCGUUGACCAACACAACUUGUCCUAAAGCAGAACUUUGCAUGGCUUUGUGGGAUGAGAACAUUUUUGUUCGGAAAUGCGUCAACGAAAAAAUGCUGGAACUUUUCACAAAAGGUUGCAAGAAGGUCAAUUCCAACGAAAAAGCAUGCAGUCGCAAGCGUAAAUACCACGUUUCUUGGUGUGCCCAAUCAGGCUGCAAAGUUAAAGUAAGCAAAACAGCAAGUGAUUACUGGUGUCCAACUUGUCAAAAUUCUACCCUAAAAUCUUGCGAUGCGUCGUUGACCAACACCACUUGCCCUAAGGCCGAAUUUUGCAUGGCAAUACAGGAUAAAAACAUUUUUGCUCGAAAAUGCGUCAGCAAACCAUUCCUGGACCUCAUCUCCAAAGGUUGCAAACAUGUUGGUGACAAAAUGCGAGAAUGCAAUGGAAAGAGACAUUACCUGGUAACAUGGUGCGACAAGCCAGGUUGCAGAGCAGACGCAAACGAGAUCCCUAAAGUGACAGCUGAGAAGGCUCCAGAGGAUUCCUCAUUUGAAUGCCCCACUUGCCCAAUCUGUAAGUCCCCUGAGGAGUGCGACAAAAAGCUCUCCAUGACAAAAUGCCCCAAAGCAAGCCGUUGCAUGGCGCUUCGUGUUAACGGCACGGUCGUUUCAAAAACCAUAUUUUCGCGUAACUGCGUAAAUGAGAAAGGGUUUUUAUUGAUCCGAAGAGCUUGUACCAAAAAGCAAGGCUGUGAAGUGGCUACCUGUACCACCACUGGCUGCAAAGCGGCGCUGUAG